AUGAUAUACGACCAUGUUGCAGACGAAGAAAUCAUACUCAAAUCGAUAGGAUCUUGUUCGGUAUCACCAGACACGACUUCCAUACUCAUUGAAAACUGCGGAAAAGUCACGGUGACGAAGGGAGCUUUUCAAAACGUCAAAGGACUUCACAAUCUCGAACUCGUAAACAUCGCGGAAGUGAUUAUCGAGGGAAGGAUUUUCACGUCGGAUGGACCCCCGAGAAAGAUACACAUUAAAAAUUCCACGAUACCGGACAUUCCGAGUUUCGCCUUUUCGGGAAACGUCAAUUCCGUCAUUAUCGAAAACUGUUCCGUCGGCGUGACGCGAGCUUUCGCAUUUUCAAGCAUACACGAAGCCGAUCGCGUCAUAUUCGACGGAACCACCGUCGCGAACGUCGAAGCUCAAACAUUUAAAAAAUUCCCGGUGAACACUUUUAUUUUCGUAAACAGUCAUUUCGACGAGAUACCGAGUAGGUUUGUCGCCGACGUCGCCGUCGACAUACUCUUCAAAAUCGAAUCCACGUACAUAGAAACCGUUCGCACGUCGGGAUUUAAAAUCCACAAUCCGAAAAAAUUUCUACUCAUCAAUUCGAUGAUCAAUAAACUUCACGACGAAGCUUUCAAAGUCAUCACGAAGGGUGAAGUUGUGAUGGACAGCAACGUUUUGAACACGAUAGACAACGAAGCGUUCCGUGGUGUGUCCGUGGAUAAAUAUGUGAUUUUACAAAACGGUAAACAAAAAUUUAAAUUUUUAAAUCAAACCGUGACCAACUUGGAGGGUAAAUCCCUCUACGUCAACCGAACCGUUUUCGACGUGAACAUAGGUCGGCUCAUGAUAGACGAACCCUGCACGUGCGACGCUCUCGUUCUCUGGACGGAAAUCGUAACGUUCGGAAGAAAAUCCAUCGAUUUAUCCGUCGACUCCGAAUUGGAGCCCAUAUGGUGUCAUUUGGACGACUCGAGAGACGGAAAUGUUGAGUACGUGUCCGGACGUGAGUUUUACAAGGAUCACUGCACGAAAUUAACUUCGAGCAUAUAUUUUUUCGUCAUAAUAAUAACGACGACGGCCGUCGUUCUCGUUCUCACAAUCGCAAUCAUCGUGUGCUGUUUGAAAAGGAAAAAAAAAUGGAAACCCGUACCGUCGUCGAGUCGCGCGAACGCCGCUCAAAACAAAGAUCACAGGCAAAUGAAAGUGACGGCGAAGAAAAAAGGGAAGAAGAAACGUGGGGGAGAGGGAGGAAAAUCAUCGGAACCUACCAAAGCCAUUAUCGUUCCCGACGGUAGAACGUAUAAGGAAACGGAAUUUCACAUAAUUGUUGAAAAAGCAGAGCCACUGGAUGAAGAAUGCGUUUCUUACACAGUUGUGCGUGACAGAUCUCGUACUCAAAUAAAUUAA